AAGGGCCUGAAGGAGGAGACGCUGGAGGCCAGCAUGGAGCCAGGCGAGAGGCUGUCCUCUGCCUUGUCGGAUGGAGACUGCAGAGAAGCAAAUAGUCCGUACCCGCCUUUGCUUCCCAGGGUCGGGCAGCCCUCAGACAGGCUGUCCCCGCUGUCCUCAGCCUUAAGUGGGCAGGUGGCCAAGGUCUCUGGUGUUCAGAGCGCAGAUUCAAAGCAAGGAGUUUCCCAGGCCUUGGCCCCUUCCCCCAAAUUGGACAGAUACAAAAUAGCAAGGCAGUUGACAGAAAAGGCCAUCAAGGAAAAGAAGAUUUUCUCCAUCUAUGGACACUACCCGGUGAUCCGGGCCGCUCUGCGGAGGAAGGGCUGGGUGGAGAAGAAGUUCCACUUCCUUCCCAAAGCCCUUGCCAACGUGGAGGACGAAGUGGGAGGGGUCUCUGACAAUAAAUGCACUGAUGUCAAAGAAAACCAGGAAAUGGCCCUGGAGAAGCUGGAGGACAUCCACAGUGUGAUGUCUAGGUUGGUAAAGAACGAGAUGCCGUACCUCCUCUGGACUAUCAAGAGGGACGUUGUCGACUACCACAGUCUGACCUACGACCAGAUGCUGAACCACUACGCCAAGACCGCCUCCUUCACCACCAAGAUCGGGCUGUGUGUGAACAUGAGGAGCCUGCCGUGGUACGUCCAGGCGAACCCCGACUCCUUCUUCCCGCGCUGCUACAGCCUCUGCACUGAGAGCGAAAAGCAGGAGUUCCUGGAGGACUUCCGGCGCACGGUGGCUUCCAGCAUCCUCAAGUGGGUCGUCAGCCACCAGAACUACAACAGAAACAGAUCCAGGAGGCGGGAGGAGGCCAGGCAAAGCGACCCCAGUCCCAGGAAAGAUCCUGAGAAUGCUGACGAGAAGUUCAGGAGCCUCUCGGGGCAGCUGGUGGACACAGCGUGCAGGGUGUGUCAGGCCUACCUGGGGCAGCUGGAGCAUGAGGACCUCGACGUGUCAGAGAGCAGCUCAGAGGACCUCUCCGAGGCCGAGUGGAGCGACCUGACCCAGCAGUACUACUCCCUUGUCCAUGGCGACGCGUUCAUCUCUAGUUCAAGAAAUUACUUUUCGCAGUGCCAGACUCUGCUGAAUAAAAUCACUUCCGUGAACCCUCAGACAGAGAUCGAUGGACUUCGGAACAUCUGGAUUAUAAAACCUGCAGCCAAGUCCCGGGGCCGAGACAUAGUGUGCAUGGACCGGGUGGAGGAGAUCCUGGAGCUGGUGGCUGAGGACCUGCCCACCAAGGACAACAAGUGGGUGGUCCAGAAGUACAUUGAGACACCCAUGCUCAUCUAUGACACCAAGUUCGACAUCAGGCAGUGGUUCCUCGUCACAGACUGGAACCCCCUGACCAUCUGGUUCUACAAGGAGAGCUACCUGCGGUUCUCCACACAGCGUUUCUCCCUGGACAAUCUUGACAGCGCCAUCCACCUGUGCAACCACUCCAUCCAGAAGCGGCUCAGGAAUGACCAGGGGCGCAGCCCCCUGCUGCCCGGCCACAACAUGUGGUCCAGCUCCAGGUUCCAGGAGUACCUGCAGAAGAGGGGCCGCGGGGCCAUGUGGGGCAGCGUCAUCUACCCGUCCAUGAAGAGGGCCAUCACCAAUGCCAUGAAGGUGGCCCAGGACCACGUGGAGGCCCGCAAGAACAGCUUCGAACUCUACGGCGCAGAUUUCAUCCUCGGGCGGGACUUCAGACCCUGGCUGAUUGAGAUUAACUCCAGCCCCACCAUGCACCCGUCCACGCCGGUCACCGCCCAGCUCUGUGCCCAGGUGCAGGAGGACACCAUCAAGGUGGUGGUGGACCGCAAGGUUGACCGCAAUUGUGACAUCGGCAACUUUGAGCUUCUGUGGAGACAGCCCGUGGUGGAACUGCCGCCCUUCAGCGGAUCUGACCUCUGCGUGGAGGGCAUCAGCAUGAAGAAGGCCAAAAGGCCAAUGCCGCCCAUUACCAACUUCAAUUUCUCUGCUUCGCUCUGCGAUGCUCAGCUACUCAAAGUGCGGUGCCCCUCGGCGGUGCCGGGCCUGGCGGGCGGCGCCCCGCGAGCCGCGGUGCCGCAGCAGGACUGGAAGCGCGGAGACGCAGAGGCGCUCUGCUCCGCCCUGCCCGCGUCAGCGCAGAGGCCCGCCGAGCGGGGCUGCAGAGCUAGGCCGGCGCACGCCGCGGCGGGAGGGAAGCUCGCGCUGCCCGCCUGCGCCUGCCCGCGCGCGGACACUAAGGCCCCCAAAAGCACCUUCACCAAAGCCCAGCCGGCCGAACUCCUGGAUCCGAACUCGCUGAGUGUGCGCGCCCUGGCGCCGGCGCCGCAGAGCGCGAAGUUGGUGCAGACGUCGCAGUCCCCUACGCCACCCACAGCAACAGGGCCGCCGGACCUGGAAGCGCCCUGCCUGGUGUGCCGCUCCCUGACGCCCUCCCGGCCCUUCUGUGCCGCCGUCCUGGAGGGCGCCGCCUUCGUGCCGCUCGGCGGCGGGCGGCCCGGCAGCCCGUGGACCCCGUGACAGGCCCAGGCGAGGACCGGACGAGGCGAGCUGCCCAGGCCGGCGCAGCCUCCUCAGGCCGGCACACCGACCAGGGCGUUGUAUACAGAGCUAUUUUAGAGGAAGCGCGGUCUCCGCUGGGUGUUUCUUGCGGAGCCCCCUCCCCUCCGGCGCCCGCCGCCCCCGCCCCGCCCCGCUGUGCGCACCCCCUACCCCGGCGCCCGCCCCGGCCCGCCGGCCACAGGACUGGCGAGAGUGAGCCCCCUCCUCGCUGGGCCGGCCGGACACCUUCAUUUACUCCUUCGCCUAUUCAGCAAACCCGGCUGAGCGCGUCCAGGCCUCGCACCUAAGUGUUUCCUGCCAACCUGGUGCUGAGCGGGGGAGUGGGGGUGGGUCACCCUGGGUCCCGCCCCUCGGGUUCCAUGGCAGUGGACUUCCAGGUCCUCUGGUGGCCAGUGGGCCAACUGGGCCCCAGGGGUGAGGGGCCCCGGGAGACCCAGGCAUGGGGAGAGCCCCCAAGGCCUCUGGACUCAGGCUGAAGUGCCCCAGCUGCUAGCCCCAGUACAGGACCAAGGGGUCCUGCCAAGAGUGACCGGAUCCAGGUGGACACAGGCGCUUGCUGUGGCUUACAUCCCCUGGAAACCUGGCCGGAUGCAGCAGCACUGAGAGGUGGGGGAUCCAGGGUCACCGUGUGUUACAGAAGCGAGGCAUGGUGGGCACCCUGGCUCAGCCUCCACAGCGAGUCCCUCAGUCCGCAGCACAGAGGCCACCAGCACCAAGCCUCCGCUGCUUCCCCACGAUCUUGGACUCCCCAGCCUCCAGACCAUCAGCC